UGUUGCAUAAUUAUGCGCUGAAGGAGGUUUAUUCUCCUCUCUGCACCCUUUGCAACAGACGUGCUCUUCUCUUCUCUUCUCUGGGAUCACACAAUAUGAGUUUGGAGAUGAUCAUUCUUCUGGCUGUGCUUGCCGGGGUACCUGGGGACACAAACGCAGCGGUGACCCCUGAUGCUGACGCAGCUGAACUGUCAGCAGAAGGCUCAUCCAUCUCUGGCCAGCCAGGACUGCUGCUGGAAGACAUGGCUGAAAAAGUGAUGGCCACUGGAAAACUGAACCCUAAUUUCUACCCUGCGCAGAGAGCAGCCAUGGUGGUCCAGCACUUCCUGAACUCCCGCUACGGCUCACCCUACAAGUGGUUUGGCCUGCAGAAGGUCCACAGGGCAAACGCAAUGGAUGUUGCUGACAAUGAAAGAAAGUAUGAGGUGGAGAUUCAAGUACAGGAAGCAAUCAGCAAUAUGACAGAGACAUGUUCUGCUAAGGUUGUGUUUUUUACGGGACCAGAGCAGAAGCCACCGCAAGUGCACGCGUCAUGUGAUGACCUCGCCAAAAUCAACACUACAGCCCAAGAAGAGGCCUUGUACCAACAUUACAUGGCAAAUGAUGGACUGUUGAGUGCACAAUAUUUACCUGAUAGCUAUGGACACAUUGACCCUGACAUGAAGCCCCUCUGGCACCUGGGAGCUGUGGCCUCCAGCUUUGUCAUGCUGAAUGAAUCCACUGAAAACACCUUGUACAACUUUGCUCAGGUGGCAAAUGUUACUCAGCUGAAAGCUGAGAACGACGAUUUGAAGUUUGACUAUCAUGUUUUACUGCACGAUAUGGUAUCCCAGGAAAUCAUUCACUGGAAGCUGCUGGUCACCUGGUCUCCUGGAGAGGGAGUUAACGUCCUGAAGACAGAAAAACUGCCACACUGUCAACACUGUGACUAACCU